AUGCACUACGCAGCUAGACACAAGAUGCCAGGCCUAAUUCACUGGCUCGCAGAGCAAAAGGCCAGCGUAAACGACUGUGACGAUAAUGGUGAAACUCCUAUAUUCUGGGCUUUGACGGCAAAAUAUCUAGAAAGAACACCUGCUACGGUUGGAGAACUCCUCCGACAAGGCGCGAAUGGUAACCAUGUGAAUGCUAGCGGACAGAUACCGCUCUGUCUAGCUGCGCAUAUCUGGUGCUCAAGUCUGACCUCUAAUUUCCUUGAUUGUGGAGCAGAUGUACAUCACAGAGAUAAUGAUGGAUUGACGCCUUUGCAUUGGUUUGCGGCUAAUCGGGAAAUUCCAAGGAAUAAUGAACCAUUUGACGUCCUUGAACUACUUCUCUUGUUUGGAGCUGAUGUGAAUGCUCGAACUGAUUCGGGUGAGAGUACGUUUGGUAUGAUUAAGGAUCGAUAUGCUUCACUGCUUAUAGCGAGGAUAUGUAAUGCGUUGAUUGAUGCAGGAGCAACAGAUUGA